GAUGCUGUUGUGCCUCCUCCGGUGCUGGAUUGCGUGGUGGCUGUUCCUGUUGGCGAGGACGGGCCCGGUGUCGUUCGGCAAAGCGGGCCUGCCGAGGCGACCGAAGUUGCUCAGCAAGCUCGUAAUUCUUCGGCGUCCGAGACAUGCGUCUUUGCCAUGGAGCCGCAAGUCCAGGACUUUAAUGCUCAUGGCCGAGAAAUCUCUAUGCUGGUUGUGAGCAUGUUGCAGAAGCUGGAAGAGCUGCAGGAGGCAGGCGCUCGGUCGGUUGCGUUGGAGAUAGAAACCAUGGUGGACGAGCAGUGUACUCUGGUGGACGAGCUGGGUCGCCAAACGAUUUUGGAUUUCUGUCGUCAGAUUCAUGACUCCUGCAGGCAACUCUCCGCUGCGGAGAAGCAAAGUCGCCUGGAGCGGGAAUUGCGAGAUGCCGUCAUGGGCAAGUCCAAAUGGCUGCAUGUUCCGGAAGCAGAUCUUCUACGGACACAUGCAGAACAGGAGGAUUGCCAAGUUGCGUCAGAAGCAGACCCUGGGCAGCCCGGUGGAGGACAGGAGAACGGUCGGGCUGUGCCAGAAGCCGAUUCCCAGCACAGGGAUGCAAAAAAGGAGCACGAACAGGCGGCACAUUUGCUGGUGGCACGCGAAAAGCAGCCGUUGAGUUUGUGGGAUUGGAAGAUAUGGGUCAUGGCCAAGCCCAGACUAUGGCGGUAUGGCGAUGCCGGAAAUCUUUUCGAGAGGGACACCAACCUGUCCACAUCCGAGUGGGCUGCAUGCUUGCUCUUGCGCGAAGAGCUUGCGUACGUAGUGGACGGCGAGCCAAAUAAUGAGGCAGAGGUAGGGGAGCUGAAGGCCGAAGAUCUCGCCAGGGCCGCCCGCGUUGCUCCAGAUACUGGGGGCACGGAUCAAUUCUUCAAACAAGUUGCAGUGCCGCAAUCGGUCAAGGAUGCGUUGCACGUCAUCAAUAUGGACUCUGCCACAGACGGUCAUCGUCGGCUGUGUCGGCACGAGGGUGUAGCUUACAUGGAAGCAUUCCUGACUCCGAACGUGGCGGACACUCAGCAUCCAUUGCUUCUAGUAGUUCAAAAAGAAGCCGUGGAUCUAGGCGCCGUGAGCGCAGACAUGGAGACCGUGUUGCCAAAGUAUCGGGCCAUGUUACGCCGACUGGCACAAGAUCCCGUGGGUCAGACGGUUCAGUUCGAGCUCCUGAUAUGUUAUGUCCAAGCGCAACAGCAUUUGCUUCCGCGUGGCAGAAUGCUCAUCACUGGCAGCUGCGAGCAAUCCGCGAAGCAGGUUGUGUAA